AUGACUUCAGAAGGCAAAAAUUCAGUAGAUUCGAACGAAGGUUUAGUAGUUCCUGGACAUACAGUACGUUUUAGUGAGGCUGUUUAUACAGAUGAUGAUUCUUCACCACCACCAGCACGUCUCGAUGGCGAUGGUGAUAUUACUUCAUCCGUCAAAAAUCAAUCAAAUCAACGGAUGAGGACUCGUCGUCAAUCUGGUAUACUCAAACGUCGAGUAAAUACAAUAACGACUGCUGAUGCGCCACCUAUAAUCUUAUCAGAUGAAGGACUCAAAGCUGGUCGAGUAUCACCUUUUCUCAAUUUUCCAUUAUUUCUCACGAUGACUAUUCGUUCUAUUGGAAUCGUCUUUGGAGAUAUGUAA